AUGUCUUCAAAGAUACAUCAGACUGCUCUCUCAUUUCUUAACGGCCUCUCAAAUCUCUCUUCCGAGUCCCUCCUUGCCGUUUUGACACCUACAGCAACCAGCGAAUUCGCGCCGUCCAGCAUCUCUCCUCACCCACCCAAAAAUCCAAUCACAUUUACCAACCAUAUCGCCGCUAUGAAAGACGUCUUUUCCACCAUACCAGUAAUCCCAAAGGAAAUUUUUGCAAACGAAGAAAAGAGCCAAGUCACAAUCUGGGCUACAAGCAUGGCCAACUUCCGAGAUGAAGUGAAGGACGAUGGCCUCUUGGAUGAGGAAUGGCGCUUCGAGCGUGAAUAUAUCUUUAUCCUGACCAUGGAUGAAAGUAGGGAGAAGAUUGCCAGGAAUUUCAUGUUUGUGGAUGGCAAAGCGAAUGAUCGGUUGAGGGAGCUGAUUGCUCGGGCGAGACGCAACUUGCAGCAGAAGAGUGCAGUCUCUUAGGGGCAUUGAUGGAUGGGAUAGAUAUACACCGGACAUAUGUGAAUUUGGUGCUUAUUAUGCGAUUUGUUUAUUUGAUACAUUGAAUAAGUUCAGUCGUUUAGGAAUACAAUCCAAGAGUGUAUCUAUGGCAUUGAAUGCGAUAUUCGAGAGACAGGAGAGGAAAAAACCAGAAUGAAAAAG